GCGAUCCUCGCCAUCAUGAUCGAAAGCGGCAACUACACCAUCCCCUCCGCCCUCCCCGCCCCGGCCUCUCCUCUCUCCUGGGACACCCCGCUCUCCUCCAUCAUCCCAGACGACUUCGUGCUCGGCCCCUCCGACGCCUGGGCCACAUCGCACAUCACCCUCGAGGACGCCCUGUCCCACCGCACAGGCAUGCCGCGCCACGACCGAGCCGGCUCACACAUCCGCCGCGACGACACACCCGGCACCAACGCCACGCGCCGCAAGGCGUCGGUCCGUGACGGCACGCGGCUGCUGCGCCACCUGCCUACCAAUGCGGCGCCGCGGACGAAAUGGCAGUACUGUAACCACAUGUUUGUCGCGGCGUCGCAUGCGGUGCAGACGCUGGUGGGAGGCAGGCGAGGAGGGAGCGAGGAGACGGAUGUGUGGCUGGGUGAUCUGCUGCGGGAGUGGCUGUGGGAACCGCUCGGGAUGAGGUCGACGUAUUUUUCGCUGGAGGAUGCGCUGGCGGCGGGGGAGAAGGAGGAGGAAGGAAAGCACCGGCUGGCUUCGGGCUACGCGUGGGAUAGGCACGCGGAGCAGUUCGGACCAGAAGUGCCGUUUAUGCCGACGGAUGAGAUUGGGGGCGCGGGGGCGAUCAUGUCGAACGUGGAGGACUACUCGAGGUGGAUCCGGAUGCUGCUCAGAGAGGAAGGCCCGCUGCCUCGAGAAGGGCACAGGGCAGUCAGGACGCCGCGUAUCAUCAUGAACCCGGAGGGGUGGGCGGCAGUGGAGGAGGAGGAAGACGCAGGAAGUCCGCCGUACGACGCGCCCAUGGCGUAUGCGCUGGGAUGGCAGACGAGUAGCUACCGGGGCCAUCGGUUCUGGACACACUCGGGCGGCAUGCAUGCGUACGGGGCUGAGGUGUUCUUUUACCCGGAUUUGGAUCUGGGCAUGGUGGUCUUGGGGAACACGGCCAUCACGUCCAAUGGGCUGGCGCGAAAGCUGAUCUGGGACAUGGUAGACGACAGGCUGGGCGUGCCGGUUGGGGAGAGGUACGAUUGGGGUGCAGACAUGAAGAGCUACCAGGAGAACCUGGAGGCCGCCAUCGACACCAGCAUCGACAGGUUCUACCCCGACCGCCCAGAGCAGCCCAUCCCGCCCACUCUCCCGCUCAAGGCUUACGAGGGCACGUACUUCCACCCGGGCUACCUCAACUUCACGCUGCAGCCCACCAGCGCACACGAGGGCCUGAUCACGCGAGAGAACAUCUCGCUCGUGGCAGUGCGCGCCGACAUGACCUGGCCCACGGUCAACCAGUUCCAGCACGUGUCGGGGGAGUAUUGGAUGAACUUUGAGCACCUGAGGGACAGCCCCCACGGUGAAACCCUAAAGGGCUAUUCGCUCGUGCAGUUCGUGGUCGGGCCGGACGGGCACGUGGACAGGAUGGGCAUCACAUGGGUACAAGCCUCGCCCAAUGGCCGGGAUGUCAUCGAGGGCCUUGUAUGGUUCGACAAGAUUGAAUAGAACAGGAGGAAAAUAGGGAAGGGCCAUGAAGUGCUUUGUCCUGCGUCACUGUGUACAUCUUUGUUAGCCCUUUUCUGUGUUUUGAAAGAUGCCGAAUUGGCUGGUAACAAGUAGUAAGAAAAGAAAAAGGAUUGC